AUGGCUGGCCGUGCAAAAUCCAAGUGCAAGAAGCAACGUACUGCAUUUUUUGAUAAAGAAGAAGGUCUCGCAUAUGCAAUAAAACUGUGGAAUGAUGACAAAGAGAAGCCAGAGGAAGAUCAGAGGAGUCUGCAAGCAAUUUGUCGUGAGGCAGAAGAAGAGAUGAACAAGAGGAAGAAGAAGCAUAUUACCAUUGACAGGGUUACUCUUAUGAGACAACUUGGAGCAAGAGGCUUCCCACUUGAUCACAAAAGGCUCAAGUUUCAUGUUGACACCCUCCUACAAGCACGACUUGGCAAUUCUUUCCCAGAGACAGGGGUCGGAAUGAAUUGGACUGGGCAUUUUCUUAAUCAACACUCAGAGCGCUUGGGCACAUAUUGGAGUUCUCCACUUGAUUCUGCUCGUGGGCGGGCAGUCAACAAGCACACACACAAAGCAUGGUGCAACUUACUUGAGAGCACCAUCAAGGAUAAUAAUAUUGUCGAGGACUGCAUCUGGGCAGCAGACGAGACUGGCUUCCAGCCUGGGAAUGGACGCAAACAGCGUGUCAUUGGUCCUGCACAAAGGAAGAUGCAACAUCAGCAGCGGGAUGGAAAUUGCAAGAAUAUCACUGUGAUGGUGACCAUCUGCGCUGAUGGUGGAUCAAUUGCGCCAACUAUUAUCUAUAAGGGGAAGUCAUUUUUGAUGAAUUGGCAUCAAGACAAUACUCUGAAAGCCUUAGUUGCUCAUUCGCCCAAAGGGUGGCCUGAUGGUGCAAUUGGACGACUUUGGAUUGAAGACUUUAACAACAAAACCCGCGAGAAAGUGCACGGACGAGCUUGUCUUCUCCUUGUUGAUGGCCAUAACUCCCAUUACACAAAGGAGUUCCUAGAUUACGCCAGGGAACAUAUUAUUCAUGUUUUAUGCUAUCCCGCACAUGCCACUCACAUCUAUCAAGGCCUUGACAUUGUUGUCUUCAGUCCAUUGAAGAAUUAUUGGACGGAGGCACGUGACAGCUUUGAGAGUUCUACACAUCAAAAAAUAACUAAAAACAACUUCAUUAUAAUCUAUGAAAGAGCUCAUCUCAAAGCACUCACCCCUGAAACCAUUUUUUCUGCAUUCAGAGCAACUGGGGUCUGGCCACUUGACCGAAACAUCAUUACCGAAGAGAUGAUUGCCCCAAGCUUGGAGACAUCAUCUCAAGGUCAGCUGCCACUUCCACAGCCGAGCCCUGUUUGUGUCAUCACGUCUCUUAUGUGUCAGUAUUGA